GGGCAACAUUCAUAGUUUACUUGUUGUGUAGAACUACUUGGAGACAGAGAUACUGUGACAUUUCCUCGAGAAUUCAUGUCACACUUCUUAUUCUUCUGUUUGAAAUUUGAGUCCAGGCGGGGUGCUGAAGGGGAGUUCCGCUAUGAAUGAGGUAAAGAAAAGACUAGCAGCUAUUCAAAAGAAACAUAAACGUUUUAAGCAACAGCAGUUUAUCUUCACAUCUGCCCUGGAGAGAUCGCAGGAACAAGCACAUGGAAGGGCCGAGCCAGUCAAGACGGUUUCACAGAUCCAGAGGUAUAUGACCCACUACUGCAGCAAUGGCACAGACAGAAGCAUAUUGUUUUUUUUCCUUGAGAUUGUGUCAGAUCUCAACAACGUCCUGAAGCUCAUCAACGCCUCUUGCCGAUAUCCUAGCAAUGAUACUUUGAUCACCUGCAAGAUGCUUCUCCACCCAGACAGUGACAUAAGCAAGCUGCGUGCACAGCAUCCACACAACGAGAUCCUACGGCUCACCUGUGAGACCAAGCGCCACUACGGGGGCAUCAUCAGUUUCAUCCCACUGGCGCUGGAGCUGCUGGGGUCAGCCGCGGCCACUCCCGACGGAACCCCUGCUCCCUCGCCCGUCCCCACCCCUGCUCGAGAGGAGCGCCUGACCCCACCACGCUCCGCCUGCAGCCACGCGGGCUCCCAGAAGGCCGAGGGAGACAGACGCGUCCGGUCAGCGCAGCCCCAGCGAGACCCAAAGAUCGCGCGAACAGGAGCUUGGCAUGCUGGGAAGCCUGUGUGGAGGCCCUCCGGGGUCAGGCAGAAGUGAGGUCACAGAUGUGCUUAGAAAUGUUUUAUUUCAAAUAUGGAAAUUAAACACAUGCCAAGUACCUCA